AGAAUGUUUCUUUUCUUGAAAUCCUUGUCGAGAUCAGUCCAAGAAGAAGUGCAUCGUCUAGAAAAAUCGGCGUUGGCUGACUCGUCGAAAACCAGAUGCGAUCCAUGCACAUCACUUACAGUGUGGAGAAAAUCACUUGUGAUUAGCUGCAAUGGAUUCACUGUCAUUGAUUCUUAUGGAGAUGUUGUUUAUCGAGUAGAUAAUUACACCGGUCGCCCCAAGGAACUCGUUCUUAUGGACGGUUCGGGAAGAUCGAUCUUGGCAAUGCGACGUAGCAAGAACCUUAGACUGUUGGAUACAUGGCUUGUCUAUGGAGGGGAAGUAGGUGAUAAUUGUACAUCAACAAAGGAGCCAAUUUUCUAUGUAAAGAAGUGCGUCAACAUCUUGCAUGGAAACCCUAAUGUGCUCGCAUACGUGUAUCGGUGCCGGUCGUCGGAAAAAGGGUAUGCUUAUACGAUCGAAGGGUCGUAUUCGCAUCGAUCAUGUAAAGUGGUUGAUAGAACAAAGAGGGUAUUGGCUGAGAUCAAGAGAAAAGACGCAAUAAUCGGAGGCGUUUCAUUUGGGGUAGAGGUUUUCAUGUUGAUUGUAGAGGCAGGAUUUGAUCCCGGAUUUGCAAUGGCUUUGGUUCUUCUGCUGGAUCAAAUGUUUUCCUAGGGUUUGUAUAUUUUUUUAUCACAACUAAUAAAAUCAUACAUUUUUCAAGCCAAAGGUGCUAUUUUAUU